CGGCGGACUACAGAUCCCAGGGUGUCCCGCGCGGUUCCUCGCCGGCCAUUUGAACUGGAAGGCGGCGGUGGUUUGUAAGGUGUGAGGCGUGAGGCCUGGGCCGCCAGAAAUUGGGCAGCUGUUGGCCGCGUUGAUACUACUACAGGAUGCCUGGAAGGUCGACCUUAAUGCCUGUGAUCUCCUUCAACUCUGUGGAUUCAGCAGUGUCUUCACUGAAAACAUGUCAUGUGUCUAUUAACACUGGAAUUGAAGUCACGACAGAUGUUGCACUUGCUCUUACAGAGCAUGAAGCUGCUGCGGAAGAAAUAAGCAGCAUGGAAAAACUGAUGUUAGACUAUGUUUCUAUGGAUCGAGAGCUUGAGCAAUUCAUACAAGCUGUAGAUGAUGUCACACACCAGAUAAAGCAAGAGCGACCAGAACGAAUGCCUGAUUUGAAAGCACUAGUAGAUAAAAGGUUUAAUGAACUGAAAAAUUUAAACAAAGAUGAGGAUCUAAUCAAAAAUGAUAAAUAUAUACACUUCAAAGGUCAGUUGAGGGAGAUGAAAAAGCAAGUUGGUGCCGAAUCACAAAAUGAGAGCACUUCAGCCAAUGAGAUUGAUGAAGACAUUGCAGUGACCCAGAGCCAGAGAAAUUUCAUUUGCCCCAUUACACAGAGGGAAAUGGAAUGUCCUGUGAAGAAUAAAGUUUGUGGUCACAGCUAUGAAGAGGAAGCCAUAAUAAAAAUAAUCCAGAACAAGCACAAACAGAAGAAGAAAGCCCGGUGCCCAGUUGUUGGAUGUGAUAAUGGAGAUAUGAAGCAGUGUGACCUUUCAAUGGACACAACCCUGAGGAGAGCUAUUGAAAAUCACAAAAAGCACCAAAUGCGAUGAUUACUUGUCAAACAUUCAAAAGGCAAGUGUGAUGAAGGAGAAGCUAUCAGAUCCAAAUAUUCAGGAGGUUAUCUUAUGGGAGGAAGGAGUUCUGGUUAAUCACUGCUAAUUAUAUAAUUUGACUAAAAUUGAUGUUGCAUUCCAUUUGACUUCAAUGUGAUCUGCUUUGAUGGAAAAGUACAUAUGCACAAUGUUUAAAGUAGAAAAUGAAACUACGAAUGCAAACAGAAAUCCAGGCCUGCAGCAUUUAUAGUGUAAUUUGUUCAAACCCAAAUGUAGGUUGCACCAGUGAAAGCCUAGUUAGGGAAAAUUGAGCGUAAUGUUUUCAAAUUAAAUGUUUACCUUUCUAAGGAAGCAGUAUUGAACCAUGAGCAGUUCUGAAUAGCAAAGGAUUUCUCACUAAAAUUUGAAAGUUUUCAUUUAAUUUCUGCAUCCUCCCCUACAACAUGAAUAAUGCUUUGAUUCAAUGUUAUGUAAUGCGAAGCUCCCUGAAUAUAUUGUUAUUAUCAUUUAUCACCAUCGCUGCUUGGGAUUUCCUUUUACAAUUAUUUUCCUUGUUUCAUACAUCUGAAAUAAAGCUGGCUUUUUAAAAAAUUGUUUUUCUGAUUUAAUUAGGUCCAGUAAAUCAGAGAUUGCUAGCUGAGCAUGUUGCAAAAUGAUGCAAAUUUUCAAAAAUUGGCAGUAUUUAACAGUAUAAUACAUCUGCUGGUGUGUGGGAACCUGCCAAAAGGAUGUGAAGGUGCUCUACAAGAAGAUUUGCAUUGAGCCCCUAACCAAAAAUUUUGUUGACUUGAUAGCAUUUUAUGAAGGAAAAAACUAUGGAAUCUUCAAUGUCCCUCGGAGCCAUUGGUACAGUUUGGAAGGAUUUAACAUCAUGUUUGAAUAGCAACAUCUUUGACAGCUGCGUUGAAGUGACAGCUUAAAUUUACGUACUUAAGCCCUGGAGUGAAGCUGGGGUCAGCAGCCUAAUGAAUCAGAAGCAAGAUUGGCCUGAUUCCAAUCUAGCAAUAUGGCCAUAUUUUAGUGCAGGCAGCAAUUGGUUGUUUUUAAAAUUGAAACUACUUGAAAAUCAACUUCUACAUAUUUAUCUUUGUAGUAGCCCAGUUUGUUCCCCUCAUCUGAAGGUGGCAACUUAAAAUCAUAAAAUGAUACAGCACAAAGGGAGGUUGGUUUGGUCCAUCGUGCCUGUGCCUAUUCUAUGAAGGAGACAUCUAAUUGGACCCACUCCCCAGUCAUUUCCUCAUAGCCCUGCAAAACAAACUUACUUGGCAUGGUAGCCGCUUUUCCGUACCUUGCCCGAGUAACCUUUCUUCAUGGGAUUGUGUGGAUUGAAGUCAAUAGUUUACUGACUAUUCAGAUGCAAUCUGUCACAGCUGAUCUGAUCCUGUGUGGCCAUGUCCAUGCACAUUGAAUUGCAGCAACAGUUGCUGGCAUUGUGCUCAGAUACAGAACCCUAACUAUUUUGGCACACAUUGGCAAGUGUAGCGACCAGUACAAAAACUUGGGACCUCUCUGAUCUGUAUCAUAAUAUUGGUUGUAUUUACACACUGAGCUGUAAGAGAGAGAUGCUAAUCCUUCUUAUAGGAGUUUGAGAUUAUUUUGUGCUUUUCUAAUAUUUCUGUUUGCAAACAUUUUAAAUAAACAGAAAAUGACUCCCAUGUUGCUGCAGUUAUAACUGAAAAGAUACCUUUAGCCUUGUUUGAACUGGAAUAAUACUUUAUGUCUAUUUGCAUUAGUUUUACAAGAUACAGUAAUACUAUAAUUGUUUUAAAUGCCAUUUUCAUUUAUGUUAAGAUCCGUGGCAAAUAACCUAAAUCCUUUUGGAGAACUUAGAAGUUGAACUACUGCCAAAAAUGGGAAUUGUCCUUUCUGUGUCUGUAGUAAAAGUGGGCUGUUAAAAUUGCUGCAAAUUGCUUUGGUUUGUAUAAAUUAAGUGACAGCCCUGAGGUUAGGUAAAAAGAGAAACAAAAUUCUGUAUUUCAGUAUUAAGCUUUCUGUUGUCAUUGAGUGAUAUUUUUAUUUUGAAUUAAAUCAUUGAAUGAGUGGGAAUUUAGUGUAGAGGAGGAAGGAGGUGUCUUUACCUCGUACUGAUUUGUAUAAGCUUGUAGCAGUAUUUCAAGCUAGGAAUGUAUUUUAAUACCAUAUUAAAUUAAUAAUUUAAACUCA